GCCGAUUUCGUAUAUGAGUUUUUCAAUUUGUGUGGCUCAGUGCACAGACUCUUUAGCGGCUACUAUGGACGAUCAAGCCCGGAUCAUGCAGUCGAUCGGCGGUGUCAGUCUGGCUGGCCACUCGGUACAAGGAGGCAUGGCACUGCCGCCUCCACAUGGACACGAUGGGACAGACGGAGACGGAAGAAAACAAGACAUUGGUGACAUUCUUCAUCAAAUAAUGACCAUAACUGAUCAGAGUCUGGACGAGGCGCAAGCAAAGAAACAUGGACUGAACUGUCACAGAAUGAAACCAGCACUCUUCAGCGUUCUCUGUGAAAUCAAAGAAAAGACAGGUCUCAGCAUCCGCGGUGCCCAGGAGGAAGACCCCCCAGACCCCCAGCUCAUGCGUUUAGACAACAUGCUGCUGGCAGAGGGCGUGGCAGGACCAGAGAAAGGUGGCGGAUCCGCCGCCGCCGCAGCUGCAGCCGCAGCCUCGGGCGGGGCGGCCGACAACUCCAUCGAACAUUCCGACUACAGAGCCAAACUCACCCAGAUCAGACAGAUCUACCACACAGAGCUGGAGAAAUACGAACAGGCAUGUAACGAAUUCACUACCCAUGUGAUGAACCUGCUGAGGGAGCAGUCUCGCACGCGGCCAAUCUCUCCCAAAGAGAUUGAGCGCAUGGUGGGAAUCAUCCACCGUAAGUUCAGCUCCAUCCAGAUGCAACUGAAACAGAGCACCUGUGAGGCUGUCAUGAUCCUGCGCUCCAGAUUCCUUGAUGCCAGGCGGAAAAGGAGAAACUUCAGCAAGCAGGCGACGGAAAUUUUGAACGAAUAUUUCUACUCGCACCUCAGCAACCCGUAUCCGAGCGAGGAGGCUAAAGAGGAGCUGGCCAAGAAGUGCAGCAUCACAGUUUCCCAGGUAUCCAACUGGUUUGGCAACAAAAGGAUCCGGUACAAGAAAAAUAUCGGCAAGUUUCAGGAAGAAGCCAACCUGUAUGCCGCCAAGACUGCUGUAAAUGCAGCACACGCUGCAGCCGCUGCAGUGCAGAACAGCCAGGCCAACUCCCCUACCACACCUAACUCCGGUUCUUCAGGUUCUUUUAACCUCCCAAACUCUGGGGACAUGUUCUUGAGCAUGCAGAGUCUGAAUGGGGAUUCUUACCAAGGGGCACAAGUCGGAGCCAAUGUACAGUCACAGGUGGAUACCCUGCGCCAUGUUAUCAGUCAGACGGCAGGAUACAAUGAUGCUCUUGGGGGAAACUCCAUGUAUAGUCCACAUGGGAUAAACGCUAAUGGGGGAUGGCAAGAUGCAACGACUCCGUCUUCUGUAAUAUCUCCGACAGAAGGACCUGGAAGUGUGCACUCCGAUACCUCGAAUUGAUCCGCUAUUAAUGCAUCUUCCCCUCAAGCUGGGCAUGGACUCUUUAACUGGCUGACCAACUGCAGAGGAUAACAAUAAUAAUGAAAAAAAAGAAAAUCACUAGAGAUUUGUUUUCCUGUACCUUCAAAUUUCCCACAACCAUGCCACACAAAUUACAUCCUCCAUCUCGAACACCAAGUGUUUCCUGAUGGUUCAGUGUUUUCUUUCUCUCUGUCUUCAUAAAUCAACCACAAUCACCUUGCCCCUGUUUGUUUGUCGUAGGAGUAAGCACACAAACACAUACAAAACAGAAAACAUCCCUCAGAUGUUACUCGGUAAACUUUCAGGAUAAUUAUCUCGUCUGAACUCAAAAUACUGGAUGACACUUGUGUAUUUAACGUGACAUUUUAUGACAUUUUAAAUGCCCAUUUGUUUGAUUCUUGAUUUAAUUACUGCUCUCCAUUUUGAUAAUUGGGUUCUCUUUCAGUUCUUACAAUACAUAGAUUAAAGCAGCUGUUUCUUUGACUGUAAUGUGCUCGCAAUCUUGUCCAGCAACUCAACAAUGCUACUGUUGACAGCUCAAUGGCAGCUUUGUAGUUCCUUUCAAGAUUUAUUUUCGCCUUACAGCCGUAUACAUUAGUACAAGGGAAUGCCUAUUCAAACUCUGGAACAUAAAGAAGUGUAAUUGAUUGCUUGACUAUAACAUGACACCAUUCCAUAUUUUAUAAUUUGAUGUUUAGUAUGUACAUAUGUAAACAUUUUUUUUUGUACUGCGUAUGGAAAUCAACAAAUCCCCCACAGUAGAUCAUUCCUUCAUGGCACAGGAGCAGGCCCCCCAUUACACAGGAAAAGUUGUACAUAAUAUAGCUAAAGAGUAAUUAUACAUCCCACCAAUCAAUCCACAGCUUUAUUACCUCAUUCAAACUCAUAGAAACCAAUAAUUUCCAACUUUUCUGUAGCUUAGAGUGCUCACUUACUACCUCUAAACAAUAUCACCACCAUCGUUUCUUUUGCCCUUAUUUAAUGUUUUUAUGUAGUUAUUUUGAUUACAUCUUGUAACACUGUAAACUCUUCAUUCUCUAUGUAAUCUAAUGUAUAUUUUAAUCUUUUAAUAAAAUUCUGUUGCUGCACUGCAACUUAAAAUGACAAAAAUUUAAAAAAUGAAAAUGAUAACAA